AUGUGGUGGUUUCAGCAAGGCCUCUCUUUCUUGCCUGUGGCUUUGGUUGUUUGGUCAGCUGCAUCUUUUGUGUUUUCAUACAUUACUGCAAUCGUCCUACACCACGUCGACCCUUUGGUGCCCUACAUCAGUGACACAGGGACAAUACCACCUGAAAGGUGCUUAUUUGGGAUCAUGUUAAAUAUUUCGGCUUUCUUGGGUAUGGCUACCAUGUAUGUCCGUUAUAAACAAGUUUACGCUUUGAAUCCAGAAAAAUCCAAGAUCAUCAAGCUUAAUAAGUUUGGCCUUACACUAGGAUUGAUGAGCUGUUUUGGACUUUGCAUUAUUGCAAAUUUCCAGGUUUGUGCUUUGCUUGCAAUACACGUGGUUGGAGCCUGCCUGACAUUCGGAGUGGGGGCGACUUAUAUGCUGGUUCAGACCAUCCUAUCCUACCUGAUGCAGCCAGAAGUUCACAGCAAGGACAUCUUUUGGAUCCGUCUGACCACAUUACUCUGGUGUUGUUCAAGCAUUGUGAGCAUGUUUGUUUCCUCAGUUGUCUUAUACAGUGGCCUGUAUGGAACGAAUCUAGUGCAGAAGUUGCACUGGGACCCACAGGAAAAAGGCUACACAGCUCACAUCAUCAGUACCGUCUCAGAGUGGUCGUUAGCAUUCUCCUUCCUCAGCUUUUUCCUCACCUAUAUCCGUGACUUUCAGAAAAUUUCCCUGCGCACAGUUGUCAGCUUGCACGGACAAACCCUUUAUAACACACCGCAGAGCUUUGUGACUGAUGAGCAGACACUGCUGGUAGCGGGGAGCAUCUAAUGAAGGUGAAGAGAACAUGUUCUCAGCAUAACUCAGGAAUUUAAUAGCAAUAACAGUUGGUAUUUCUAAGCAUUUAUUUUAUAUAAAAAAAUUUAUGAAGUGAUUGUAUCAUACUUGACAAAGGGCUUUGCCAUUAACCCACACAGCAAUGCAAAUGUUAUCAGUAUUGUAAACAAGCCUGUAACAUUUCUACACAUGCCAAUGUCAUGAAAGAAUUAAAUGAAGGUUAUUAAA